AUGUUGAGGUUGCCGGGGUGUGCCGCAGCCCCCCCGCGCCUCCAGUACCUCCUGGAACCCCUCCACACCGCGGUGCACACGGAGCGGGGUGCCACGGCCACCCUGCCCUGUGUCCUGCGUGCCCUGCCCCGCAACUACCGGGUGAAGUGGAGCAAGGUGGAGCCGGCCAACUACCGGGAGAGCAUCAUCAUCAUCACCAACGGGCUGUACCACAAGAACUACGGGCCGCUGAGCCCGCGGGUCCGCCUGCGGCACAGCCACCGCUACGACGCCUCGCUUACCAUCACUGACGUGGCUUUGGAGGAUGAGGGACGUUACCGCUGCCAGCUCGUCAACGGGCUGGAGGACGAAAGCGUCUCGCUGACGCUCCACCUCGAAGGUGUCGUUUUCCCCUACCAACCCAGCAACGGGCGCUAUAAAUUCAACUACCAUGAAGCCAAGCGAGCCUGCGAGCAGCAAGGCUCCCGCCUCGCUACCUACCAACAGCUCUGCAAAGCCUGGACGGAGGGUCUGGACUGGUGCAACGCCGGCUGGAUCCUCGACGGCACCGUCCACUACCCCAUCAUCAACUCACGGGAGCCAUGCGGUGGCCGCCUUCUCCUGCCGGGUGUCCGGACCUACGGGGCCAGGGACAAGCAGAAGGACCGAUUCGAUGCUUUCUGCUUCACCUCUGCUCUUCAAGGUCGCCGGGGCCGCCGGAAGUUCAAGGAGGCCGGGCAAGCGUGCCGCAACCACGGGGCAGCCAUUGCCAAAGUGGGGCAACUUUAUUCCGCCUGGAAGUUUUCCCAACUGGAUCGCUGUGAUGGGGGGUGGCUGGCGGACGGCAGCGUGCGGUACCCCAACCGCGAACGUUGCGGUGGGCUGCCGGACCCCGGCGUCCGCAGCUUUGGCUUUCCCAGCAAGGAACUGCGAACCUACGGUACCUACUGCUUCGUGGGGAAGUAG